AUAUAUUAUUACACUGUUUUGUGUUUUAUACAGUAGGUCGAACGUUCGGAUUGGUUAAUUUUAGUGAUAUCUUCGAAAGGUCUCUAUGUUUAAUUUUAUAAUUUACUUUUUUUUGGAUUCUGGCACUUGGAAGCGAGUGAAUAACAAUUGACAGUAAAUCCUAUUAGCGGCGAUCUUUCUAAUUUGAGGAUGAUUUUUGUGAAUUCUGGCAACCCAUUGAGAAGCUAUCGUAAACAGCCCCCUGUUGGCCCGUCGUCUCAGCCCAUGGCCCCUCCAAGCCCCGGAACCAACAGCAGCACCAAUCAGAGCAGCAGUAGCAGCAGCACGGCAGGCUGGGAGCAGCUAAGUAAAACCAACCUGUACAUUCGUGGCUUGCUUCCAGCAACCACUGACCAUGACCUGGUCAAGCUCUGCCAGCCAUAUGGAAAAAUUGUAUCAACAAAGGCUAUUCUGGAUAAGACCACAAACAAAUGCAAAGGUUAUGGUUUUGUGGAUUUUGACAGUCCUGCUGCCGCACAGAAAGCCGUCAACGCUCUGAAAACCAUCGGUGUGCAGGCACAGAUGGCAAAGCAACAGGAGCAGGACCCCACAAACCUGUAUAUCUCCAAUUUGCCACUUACUAUGGACGAGCAGGAGCUGGAGGCCAUGUUAAAGCCCUUCGGCCAGGUCGUCUCCACGCGGAUACUGCGUGACUCUAACGGCGCAAGCAGAGGAGUCGGAUUUGCUAGGAUGGAGUCCACAGAAAAAUGUGACGCUGUAAUUUCUCACUUCAAUGGAAAGUUUCUCAAGACGCCAGCCGGAGUAAUGGCUCCUACUGAGCCACUGCUGUGUAAGUUUGCAGACGGAGGGCAGAAAAAGCGACAGAGCCAAAACAAAUAUGUGCAGAAUGGACGAGCGUGGGCUAGAGAAGGAGAGGCCAGACUAGCUGGAAUGACACUCACAUAUGACCCUACCGCUGCAGCGAUGCAGAAUGGGUUUUAUCCCACUCCUUACAGCAUAACCAACCGAAUGAUUACCCAACCCCCAAUGUCACCCUACAUCUCUCCUGUCUCCACAUACCCGGUGCAAACUCCAUCCUGGGUCACCCACCAGCCCUAUAUUAUGCAGCAUCCCGGAGCUGUAAUAUCACCCUCUAUGGAUCCCUCCAUGUCACUGCAGCCAACGUCAAUGAUAAGCCCUCUGACCCAGCAGAUGAGCCACCUUUCUCUGGGCAGUACAGGAGCGUUUAUGCCGGCUAAUGCAGCAUUGCAGGGUGCAUACAUCCCUCAGUACACUGCUAUGCAGCCUGCCACAGUGGAGGAGAACAGCCCACAGCCUCAGGUGGAUUCAACCGGUGAUCAUUCACCCUACACCUACCAACAAACCAAGUGAUGAAGAGGUUGGUCAGCACUCAGGAGACUGAGAGGAGCGACUGCUUCAACAAUCAUGCUUCCUCUGUUGAACUAAGCUCGACCGCUUGAUUGACGUCUGAAACAAUGAGUUUCUCUGUUUUUAAACUACCCAGACUAUUUUGGAAUAAGUUCUUUGAGGUGCAAAUGAAAAGUUGAUAUCACCAGAUGAUGCUAGCUAUCUAAGAAGAACAUAAAAAUGGAAAAAAAAAAGUUUUAUUUUAAUAAAAAAAGAACGUUUAUUUUUACCAAGGAAUCGUCACAUGGGUGCAAGAACUUUAAGGAUCAUGUGACUAGAUGUACAUGGUAGCAGGUGUCCAUUGUUAAUAUUUUUAUGAUUUCACAGUUUUGUGUGUCUGUCUUUCUCUUUUUUUCUUUGUACUGAACUGGUUUUGUUGAUUGAGAAGAUUUAUUAGCCGGACAUCCUGAGAAAGAUGUUUUUGUGCUUGCAGUGUGAGUGUUUCAGUUGUGAAGUGUUACAUGUUUCUUCUUGUCUGGUGUGUUUGUCCUGUUGAUCUCAAAUGAUUUUUCUCUCUUUCUCUCCAUACAAUCUGCCUUAAGUUGUUUUCCAUACAGCUGUACAGAGAAAGAGACGUUUUAAUCAGAUAUGGCCUUGUAAAUCAGCUAAAUAGGGCUUUUCUUAGAAUCUAGCUAAAGAAUUUGCUUUGCUCAGUUUUGCCAUUUACUGAUUUUUGAGCUUUUAGAGUAGAAAUCAUGUUAAGUGAUGAUGUUGAUUUAAGUUUUAAUAAGACGUACUGUUUUUGUAAUCAGAGGAAAACGCCUCUGGUUGGUUGAAUGUGAUGUGGUUGAAAUUCUGCUGAAUGAUCAUGUUUUCAAAUUGCCUUCUAGAACCUUGCUGUCAUAGUUGAUUUUGAAUGGGAAAACUGGUGUGACCAAGUCUUUUAUUUUUACAUUGAUAUAAUGGGGGUGGGGUUGAGAGGUCUUUAUUUCUUUUUCUAUUUUUUAGUUUUGAGGCAGAUAUGUUUUAUGAUCAUGUACAGAUUAACUAAGCCUUUCAAUGCAACUUUGUGCAACAGUUCAGUGGCGGUUUUCUUUUUUUUCUGUACUUUUUCUUUUGGUUUGUUCAGCUUUUUUUUUCUAGGAAGCAAACAGAACUCGGCACUUUCAAGUUUACUUCACCAAAGACAGUGGGCUAGCAAGCAGAGAUAAACUAAUGAAUCCGUGUCAUGUUCUCCCUGUGCAGGAUAGGCUUUUUACCGGACUGGACUGCAAUUUUAAGAAUGUGCCUUUUUUGUAUAUAUGCAUCCAGCUGUUUUUAGUUGUCGUCAAGGUUCGGACACAUCCAAGAAGGAGGAUUUGAAGCCAACAAGUGCCACAAGCAUCACUACAGAGCACACAAAACUGAAAUCUUUAACUAGAACACGCAAAAGGAGAAGUUUGAAACUAUGAACUGAGCAGCACAGUGAUUACAACCUAUGCUUUUGUUCAACAGGAAAGUGUCCAGGUUUUGUUUUUCUCCCAAAUCAUUCACAGGCUUUGUUUAGGCUUUAGCAGGUUGUCUUCCAAAAGACUGUUUUAAACUGGUGGUCCUAUCAACCAAUUAUCUACCUCAGAUUUGCGUUCUCCUCUGUUUUGAUUGGCCGGGCUAGCAGGUUCAGUCCCGCCCCUCCAGACCAAACGGCUAGCUCUGGAGCUGCCCACAUCUAUACUUGUCUUCUUUCAGGUUAUGUUAAAUUGCUUCUCUUUUUUUUUCCUUUUUUUGCAAUGUUGUUUUUUAUGCAAAUGUAAUGAGGAUAGAUGUGCAUUAAACAUGUUUUAGUCUUGCCUAGGCAUUCAGUUUCAUAGUUUCAAAGGCAAAACACUGCUGCUUAACCAUAGGAUGUUCUAGUGGAUGAGAAAGAAAAUGAAAAAAGGUGGAGAGAAAUAAAAAGGAAUGAAAUGAAA